GCAAUGCGGCUUUUAGUUUUCGCGAGUUGUUCGUUGAUGUCGGAUCGCGCGUGGUGAAGUUUGGUGACGGUCUUCACUUUGAAAGUGGUCGAGCACAAAGUAGCGUCGAAUGGUUUCACGUCGCGUAUAAAUUUGAUGGUACAGUGAAUUUACCGGGAUUGUAUGUUUUAAUUGUUACCAGUGAAAACGUACGUGUUUUUACCAUUUUUUUACAUGUCUGUGGAAUGUGCACUCAAUGGUGAACUGCUCAAUCGCUUGAGUGAGUGAGUGAGUCACCGAAACAAGACAAGAAGAAUAGAAGAAUAGAAUACCAAAUUCAACGGAUAUGACAAGAACUGCUGCACUACAGAUUGAAAAUUGAGAUAUGUUUUUAGUCGCAUGGUGCAGUUGUCCUAAACGACUAUACAAUUUGCGGAUAAAAGAACCGUCACCAUUCGUCAUGCGCUGAACCCCACGCGGAGACUCAACACAAGUUCGACCCAGUCCAGUCAGUCAGUGCUCCAAGUCCGGAUUGUAUGUUAGUAGCCGACUUUGACGAGAGGCGUAUAAUCAAAGCUAAUACGAAACGAGCCCCGAUAUACACACAUCCAGCGAAUACACCCUGCCCUACACAGUGUUCUUCCGGGAGGCAUCAAGCAAGCAGCAGCGGCGCGAUGAGGAAUGAUGAUUCCGUCGUCAUCGACCGCGAAGCCAGCCACUGAGCCGGCACCGACCAAAACGACAGCGAGCUGAGAGUUGAUGUCAUUACAGCUUGAGCCCGCAAGCCGGCGACAUCCACACAAGUGGACGCGCGCGCGAAACGACCGACCCAUUCUUCAGUGCGAGUGUGAAUCGAGCCGGGAUUGGAUGUGCCCGCGGCUUACUGCUAUGUGGCGGGCGGAUUGAAGAGUCUUCGGUCCUAUCGCUGUUUAGUGCGCGGUAAAAGUGAAUUUCGCAUAAUAAAACCGAGGAGUUUUUAUAGUGAUUGUUUCUGCGAGAAAGAUGUGAUUUAAGCCAAUGCCAAGCUGCUGUGAAAAGUAAUUAUUGAUUGUCGAGAAAGGUGCAGAAGAAUCCCAGUGAAGCAGCAGAUGUUUUAAGUGAAAGUAUGAAAAGCUGUGUGUUUACGAAGAAAAGAAAGGUUAAUUGUAAGUGGUGAUCAUAAGUUUUAGCAAAAGUUGAAUGUUUUUCGUGAUUCUACGUAUGAUUCGUUACCGGCCUACGAUUCGUUCGGUGUGAUGUACGAAAAACUUGACUGGUAGUGAUAAAUCAUCGUUUGCUAAUUAUCUCAACAAACAACAAGUCAACUCAACCUCCACCGCAUCGGCAGUCAGUCGACCGCCACUCUACUAACUACUGAGCUUACCUACCAAGGUACUAACUAAGCACCAAGCAGAAACCAUCGGGCUAGUCACGCAAAAUGACCGUCACCUACACCGCCGAAGUUGCCACAUGUCGAGGCUUCGGCUGCUUUCUGAAGCUGCUGGUCAGAUGGCGUGGCAGUAUUUAUAAGCUGGUUUGGCUGGACCUAACCUGUUUUCUACUGUUGUAUUAUAUUCUCAACAUAACUUAUCGACUAGUUCUAGAUGAGUACCAGAAAAAGAUUUUCGAAGACAUCGCUCAAUAUUGUGCCACCUAUAGUAAUCUAAUUCCACUAUCGUUCGUGCUUGGUUUCUACGUCACCAUCGUAAUGACUCGAUGGUGGAACCAGUACACCAGUAUACCCUGGCCGGACCCGAUAGCAGUAUUCGUCAGUGCCAAUAUUCACGGACAGGAUGAACGAGGUCGCGUGAUGCGUCGGACGAUCAUGCGAUAUGUGUGCUUGUGCUUCACCAUGGUGUUAACGAACAUUUCGCCCCGAGUGAAGAAGCGGUUUCCCACGAUUGAUCACCUGGUCGAGGCCGGUUUGCUCAACGAGAACGAACAUAAGAUCAUGCACGAUCUGAACCAAAAGUUUCCUCGACACUCCAAACACUGGCUGCCGAUCGUAUGGGCCGCUAGUAUUGUGACCAGGGCGCGGAAGGAAGGUCGUUGCCGAGAUGAUUUCGCCGUCAAGACGAUCAUCGACGAGCUGAACAAAUUCCGGGGACAGUGCGGCUUGCUGAUCUCCUACGACACCAUCAGUGUUCCUUUGGUGUAUACUCAAGUGGUGACGCUGGCCGUUUACUCCUACUUUCUGUUUUCGGUUAUGGGACAGCAAUGGGUGUCGUCGAAGGAAAACGUCACAGGGGUUGUGACCAGAAUCGACCAAUACUUCCCCAUAUUCACAACGCUGCAGUUUUUCUUCUACAUGGGAUGGCUUAAAGUGGCCGAAUCGCUGAUCAAUCCAUUCGGUGAGGAUGAUGACGAUUUCGAAGUGAACUGGAUGAUCGAUCGAAACGUUCAGGUUUCGUAUCUGAUUGUGGACGAAAUGCACCACGAACAUCCAACGUUGGUGAAGGAUCAAUACUGGGAGGAAGGCUUCCCGGCAGAGUUGCCCCAUACGGUGGCAUCAGCUGAGAUUAAGGAAGAACCACCGGCACCAUCUACCGACAAUAUUACGGUCAAUCGGAAACAGGCCGAAGUGAUAUCAGUGGUACCAUCGUCGGUGCGGGUGGACGAAAUGGUCGGUAAAAAGAGUCAAAAUGUUGACUACACAUUCCCUGAACAGCAGGGAAUGCUAGACGACGAGGCCGAUGACACCGCAAGUGGAAAUCCACUUUUCACGUAUGUGAACACGGAUGACCCGCGUCAACACAGUGGCGUCGCAUUGAAACGCUUCUUCAGUAAGGACGAAGGUCACAGUGCUAGCAGACCACAGAGUGCUACACCGGAGGCCCAAACCGGCCAUCCGAUUCCCAGGGUCGCAAGCUCGUCCAAUCUCGGACAGCGACUUCCCGACCGAGGAAGUGUUCGCAUAACGGAUCAAGUCAUCGAGGAGGUUGAUGAACAACAGAUGACCAUCACUUCGGUUCAGGCAAAUGAUGCCCGACCCAUGGCUGCUAGCCUGUGGGAACAAGGUCCUCCAAAGCCUACCGAGCCGGUAGAUGUUCCUCAACCGGCUUAUAAACGAACCCAGUCUGCAGUGGCACAUGGUCCGUAUAGUUCCACCGCCAUAUUCCCACCUGGUGGCGUAGAAUCUUUGCUUAGCGCAUCAGCACCCGUAGGAGGACGCUUCGAAACGACUUUUGUUCCCAUUGACAGCCAUAGGGACGAACCACACUUCACGGACAGCAAAGAAUCGACUAAAACCAUCGACGACGGUUUGGAUGGUGGCCCCGAUGGGACAUGAGUGAAGCAGAUGACUUCGAAAGGUUACGUCAGGCACGUGAAAAAGAGCGUGCCGAACGCCAAAAGGUUUAAACUAGCAAGAUCGGUCAGCGGACUGGCGCCCAUAGAUACCGAUAUUUUGCUAGAAAAACUGACCAAAACCGCAGAACAACAACAAGCAGCAAGAAGCUGGUCCGUCUGGCACGGAUACACCAGACACUCACCGACAUUCCGGAGUGCCUGCCGCACACCAACAAGCCGACACCACCUUAUGAUUCUACGUCUCCGACGAAGACAACGUGAUCGUGGUCAACGUAAAGGACGGUAGCUAGUAUUAGGGAGAAAUUUGUGAAUCUGUUUGUCCAGGUUGGCAUUGGCAUUGAAAGAUUCACAACUUUUUAUAAUUUGUUAUUUUUAUAUUUUCGACAAUCACUAUAAAGUGAGCUUUUCGGACCAGUAUUUUAUCAGUUAUCUGAUUCUCGACUUUACCUUGUUAAGCACAAAAAAGUUAGAUAUUCAAAUUUACCAUAAUACAACUGUUGAAAAAAAAUGCUGUUAUAGUUUGCGUUCAGGCUAUGGCUUCUAUACCAAUAUUAUUCAACUAAAUUGCAUCAGAAAUAAUCAGAUAUUUCACAUGAAGAUAUCCAAUAUUACGCAUAUAAGCCAUAGUCUGAACAAAGCAUUAUGUACUCAAAAAAAGUUCUCGAUGAAUAUACUUCCUAUCAAUACGCUAAUGGAGCAUCAGAUAAAACAUUAACCCAGUGAUAUUUAAUUUAAAUUAGGCACAACAGUAGUUACUACAAAGCUUGUAAAGAUAAAACAAUAAUCACGUGGCUUUAGGAGAGGAACAUUCUAAUUCGAGAUGCCUUUAGAACAAACAAAAAAAAUCGCCUGCCUUGUGAUAGCGCGAUUCGACUUUUGUAACACUUAUUUUCUGCGCGCAGUUUGUCGAUAUUAGCAUCCAAUCUCGUUUAGAUAUUUCGAAUAAAAAUGGCUAAAAACACAUUACUAUACAAACAUUACUGCAUAUUUGCAACUAUAAAUGGAUAGAAGUAGCAUCCUUCCUAGAAGGUUUUAUGCGCAUUUUUCGGCGAAGUCCAAAUACGACAAAACUUAACUUGAAACAAAUGAUUAUACUAUCGGAAUACAAAUAAAAGACAAACAAAACUUA